AUGAACAGGCAUAGGCUUGUGUCAACAACACAAGAAGAAUGCAAUAAAGGAAUCAGGCAAGCCCUUAACUUUCUGAAUGUCCAGCCAGAAACCAGAAAAUCUCCUUUCAUACGGUCACAAUCUCCAGAUUGGCCCAAAAAUACUCCUCAGGGGACGUUUUCACGGUCUUCCACCUUCUGCACUAACCUCUACUCGUCAUCAUCUUCAACCUCUGAGAGUAAGAAACAUUUGGGAAACAGUCUUCCUUUCCUCCCAGAUCCUUCUGCUUACACCCACUCAGCUUGUGGUGUGGACUCUGCAAGGUCUCCAUCUGUUUUCAGUGAGGAUUUGAGUAAUCCUUUUGAUGGAGACAACAACUCCUCUGGGAUGCUUGCUAAAGAUUUCCUUAAUCUUUCUGGAGAUGCUUGUUCUAAUGGAGGGUUUCAUGAUCUUGACUGUUCGAAUGAUAGCUAUUGCUUAUCAGAUCAGUUGGAGUUGCAGUUUUUGUCUGAUGAGCUUGAGCUGGCUAUCACAGACCGUGCUGAAACUCCAAGGCUUGAUGAGAUCUAUGAAAAGCCAUUGGCUUCACCAAAUCCAGUGACUGUAUUGAGUCCAAGCCAAAGAUGCGAUGGUGGAGCAAUGUCCAUGGAGGUAGUUUCAUCUCACCCUUCUCCAAAAUCAGCUUCAUCAGCAGCCAAUCACAAGCCGAGAAUGAGAUGGACCCCUGAGCUCCACGAGAGUUUUUUGAAGUCAGUGAACAAACUUGAAGGACCUGAAAAGGCCACACCAAAGGCUGUUCUGAAGCUUAUGAAUGUUGAGGGUCUGACGAUCUACCAUGUAAAAAGCCACUUGCAGAAGUAUAGACUAGCAAAGUACAUGCCAGAGAGAAAAGAAGAGAAAAAGAAUGUUAACUCUGAAGAGAAGAAACUCGCUUUAAGUAACAGUGACGCUGAUGAGAAGAAGAGAGGGGCAAUACAAUUAACUGAAGCUCUGCGUAUGCAGAUGGAAGUUCAAAAGCAAUUGCAUGAACAACUCGAGGUGCAACGUGUGCUUCAGCUACGAAUAGAAGAGCAUGCUAAAUACUUGGAAAAGAUGUUGGAAGAACAACGCAAAGCUGGAAGGCUAAUUCCUUCUUCUUCUUCUUCUCAGACACAUUUAUCACCUAGUGAAGAGACUAAAACAGAUUCUCAAAACAUGUCCAAAACCGAAGUAUCUCUGCCUCAGCCUUCAUCAUCUGCAAAGAACAUAGCUUCUGAAACUGAAGACGAUCAAUGUGAGUCCCCUCAGAAACGUCGCAAGCUUGAGAACAAUACUGAAUCUAAAGAUUCUGAGAGAUAACAGGUUUCUUCAAGUAUAUGUAUAUAUAUGGUCUGGUUUCUGUGUAGUAUGGUAGAGGGGACUUUGGUGAUUCACUCAAAGUAGAUGUUUGUAAUAUAGAUCUUUGUCGGACACGUGUAAACUUGUUAAGUAUCUUGAGGUUGUUCCCUUCCCAUUUGCUUGCUUAAUCCAAGUUGUUUAAGGAUUCAUUCAGUUAAAUAAUAUGAAUAGUAUUUGGAACUGUAGACCUUCAUUAAUU